CCACACCCACUCAGUGUGGCGCUACUCGCGGCGGCGGAGACAAGAAAAAGCAGGAUACUCCAGCGAUGUUACCCUGUUCCAGCUUCAGUUUUACACGCAGAAAGAUUCGCUGGGACAGAAUCCUCUAGGUGUUUUCCUCGUCUCUGUGGACUUAGUUGGAUAAUUAGGACUACUUCUUCUGUCUUCAUUCACAUUUAAGAGCAGUUAAAGAUUUCAAACAUGUUGGAAAGUUUCCCUCAGGACUGGUGUUCCUCAGAGCCGCUGCUCUUUGACGACGACUUGAUGAGCUUGAUGAAAGACAUCCAGGGCUUGCCGACACCUCCGCAGUCUCCCCCCAUGAAGCCUGGGCUGGGGGGCGAUAAGCUUCUGUCCAAGGAGGACCAACUCAGCUACGUGUCGGAUAUUCUCCUGGAGGACCACGACCUGCAGGUCAACUGGAACUAUGACUGCUUCCCAUCCAACGAUGGGGAGAAGGAGGGCGAGCUCAGCCCCCCCAGCUCUGCUCUGGGGGAAGAUAGCGUGGACCACCUCUGGCAGUGCCUUGCAGCGGAGGAGAAGCUCGUCUCCACAAUACUCGGCUCCAGCCCGGGGCUGUGUGACAUCGAUACCCGCAUCUUUGAGGAGAUCGCCGGCUCCAUGCUUGACUGCCAGAGCCUUAUGGAAGCUCCAGAGCCCAGUGAGCCCAGUGAGGCCACAUCAGACUAUGGAUCAGCUGGUGGAGAGAUGUCCAACUACUCAUCGAGUGACUCUGAGGAGGAAAUUGACGUGGUGACGGUGGGCCGCUGUUCCUCGAGUCCCUCCCCUCAGCCUUCGCCGGCUGACCUGUCCGCCCGUCAGCAGAAGCACGAAGAGGAGCAACGAGCUCUCCAGCGGCACCACUUCGAGAUCCAGCUGCAGCACAACUACGCUGCUCCCUGCCCGGCGUCGCCGCCUCCUUUCAAGCGCUCGCGAGGGAGCGACGGCUCUUCGCGCUUCCACUACUCUUCUCGCAGCUCCUCUUCAUCAUCCUCGUCGCGUUACUCAUCCCGAAACUCGACAGAGACUGAGGAUGAGGAGGAGCGACGAAGGACUCACAAUGUGAUGGAGCGGCAGCGUCGCAACGAGCUAAAGAACUGCUUCGUGCGCCUGCGUGACAACGUGCCCGAAUUGUCGCACAAUGACAAGGCGUCCAAGGUGGUGAUCCUGAAGAAGGCCAAAGACUGUAUUCAUAGUUUGGUGGACGAGUCUCACAGACUGCAAACCAAGGAAGACAAACUCAGAGCCAGACAGGAAGCACUGAAAGCCAGACUAGAGCGGCUUCGUAGGUAAUGGACCAGGAGGAGUGGACAUUUAGGUGUUUAUAGACUUGGAGGAGGGGGGGGUUGUAGAUAUAUUUUUUUCAUACAGGUUAACAUUUCAAAGUUUUUAUAUGGUUACAGCAGUUGGCCUGUGUACGCACACUGUUUCCUGGACGUUUAACAUCACAGUUAAUCGUUCUCAUGGCUUGACUGCUGACUGUUGUAGAGUGUAGUGUGUGUUUGUUUGUUUUUGUGGAUUUUUUUUUUUAUUUUUUUGUGUAUCUUCUCAACCUGAAUGCAAACUGAGAAAAAAAAAUAAUUUUUCUUUCCGUGUUAUCCCAUGAAAGUGUCUUUAAACCACACAUUGUCCCGAUUAACUGGAAGCCGCUGCAGCAGCACAGUGUUGAACGGUUGAAUGAAACUUGAAUAUUUGUUUUGUCAGGAUGUCUUAUAGCCAUAUUUGCCAUUGAUCCCUCCAUUCUGAGCUGCUCUGCUAACUUUGACUUUCUGCCCAUACAGGUGCCUUUUACCCUUCUAAGGGGCUCGACACACGGGGAGCGACGUCGCUCGCUCUCCAUUCAUUUCCUAUGGAGCUUGUGCGAUGAGGCGACAAUCGCUUGCCCUCCUCCAGCUAAGCGACCGGCGACGU